AUGAAUUAUGUUUAUAAAUUUUUCUUUGAUGAAGACUCUCCAAGAAUAUUGACAUGGAAACAAUAUGAAUAUGAUUAUAAUUAUAGAUUAUUGGAUUAUUCCCAAACAGAUGUAAGUUAUUCUCUUGUACCUUAUCUUUGGGAAAAACGUGAAACAUAUGUCCCUGGUAAAAGAUAUAAUGGAUUAGUAGAAUAUAAAUUCAAUGUUGAGCAAUCAGAUCCUAGUACACAAAACAAUAAUUUCCACUAUUUCACUCCAGAUUUGAGCCUUUUUAUUCCAACUGGAAUUCACACACUCGAUGAAGUUAAAAAUUUUAGCGAAAAGGAAACAGAAACUUAUAGUAAGCAUUAUAAAGAAUCUUAUGAUAUUGUUAAAAAUGUAUACAAUACUAUAUUAGAUCCAAAUUUGGUAAUUAUAAAUGAAAGUGACGAGACUGUAGCUGCUGUAAUGUAUGCAAUUAUAGGAGGAGUACUAUUUCUUUAUGGUAUUAUUCACAUGAUAUACUGGGGAUGCAUAUCAGAAGAUUUUGGUUUAAGCGAAGAAUUGGAAACUGAUGAAUCCGACAUUGGAAGUAUCAAUGAUUCAGACAACUUAUAA